GACAGCAGCAGCUCCGAGAACCAACGGCGGGGUUGGUCGCUUCAUUUUUUUCAAAAAACAUAAUAUAAACAUUAUCUCUCAACAAAAUGAAGUUCCCCUACUCGUAGACUCGCGAGGAUAUGGUGAGGAGAAGGUGUCCCAUGCUGCAUUAGCGUCAUAGUGGCAUGCUGGCCUGUCUGCAGUAUCAGGUGACCCUAUUGUCAGAUUUCUCUCCCGUACGCAGAUGAACACUGGACUUCAGAAAUGGGAAACUACACAGAAGAUAAGAUCUGCCAGCUAUCCAACCCCAGCAGAGUUAGAUGCCUUUGCUAAGAAAGUUGCCGACAGCCCUCUGACCAUUCAGAUCUUCCCCAACAGUGUUAAAGUUCCUCAAAGGAAGCACAUUCGCCGCACAGUCAACGGGCUCGACACGUCCUCGUCCAGCCAGCGCCACAGUCCCUACCCGUCUCAGGUCAGCUCCAGUAGGGGUCUUCUGGCCGUCCUCCGUGCGCCCGCCAAAGGUGUCGUCAAAGAGUCGGACGGCAGCCGCGCCCGGCACCUUCAGAAGGCUGCCAUGAACCCUCACAGUGGGCCGUACGCCGCUCAAAGCACUUUAAAUCUCCCUCAACCCGCCCCUCUCCAACAAGGCCCGACGCCGCCCGAGGCCCAGAAGCAGGGCAUGGUUCACCCGCAGGCGCUUCAGCAAAGCAUGACUCAUCCAAUGACUUUACAGCAGCCUCCAACCAUGUCCAACCCACAGGCUUUACAGCAAAGGAGCAUGGCUCAUUCGCAAGCCAUGCAGCGGCAGCAGAGUUUGUCCCAGGUUCCGACUCCGCAGCAGAGACCGACUCAUCCGCAGAGCCUCCAGAGGCAGCCGAGUCUGCCUCGUACCCAGGCGCAGCAGCAGGGCCAGCCUCAUCCCCCAGUUGUACCGCAGCAGCAUCUUCCUCAUCUGCAGACACUAAAGCAUCACACGGCUCCUCCGCAAGCUUUACUCGCACAGCAGGGAGCGACUCAUGACCUGCGCCACAUGUCGGAUGGAGCUCAGCCUCCGAGCAUACAGCACACGCAUGGUUUGAGUGGCCCGCAGCCCGUCCCCCAGGCUGCGGGUGCGGGGCCUCCAACCGUGCCCAACAGCCUCCAGCAGCCCCCGCCGGGGGCAUACGGGCCCCGGAAGCUCCCCGAUGCCGAUGUGCCACCAAAUGUAACCGUAUCUACCUCCACCAUCCCACUGUCCAUGGCGGCCGGCUUGCAUCCGAACCGGCAGAGUGACCUCAGCAGCAUCGUGCACCAAAUCAACCAGCUGUGCCAGGCACGGGCUGGUGUGGGCAACACCUCUGUCUGCGAGGGCCAGAUCGCGAACCCUGGCUCCAUCAGCCGCAACUUGCUCAUCAACGCCAGCUCCAGGGUGUCCUCUCACCACCCGGCCCUGGGCUCCGUGCCCAGCUGCCUCAUGGUGGGCCCCCAAGACAAAGCCACAGCUCGCACUCCCAAUCCUGCUCUCCACUCACAGCCCAGUAUAGCUGCUACUAAUACUAUACCUGCCUUUCACACAGACCCAGAAAAGGUACAACUGCAGCACCAGCAUCUGCAACACCAUUUACAUCAGCAGAAACAACAACAACAACAGCAGCAGCAAUUACAGCAGCAGCAACAUCUGCAGCAGCAGCAGCGUUCCUGGGCCCAGCAUCAACUGGCCCACAUGCAGCAGCCGCCUGAGGAGGCUCAUCCCUGCAAGAACCCCCGGAUGGAGCCUUCAACCGAGUGCGCUUUCCCCCCUCGAAACCCCAACUAUUCCCACAAGCUACCCAAUGCCGCACAGUCCUUCACCCUGAAGCACCCCUCAGAAAAAGCACCGCCGUCGUCCCCCAGUAACUGCCCAGUAGGUUCUAUGCCUUACAAUAAUGGCCACUACAUGCAGCCGCCGUGGGGCGGCAUCCCGGCCACAGCAGGUAACGAUGGUUCCGGUCCUCAGGACCUCCCCGUGGCUUUCCAGGGAGGGCAUGCUGCCGCCUCCGCAAACCGCAUCCCAGGGGCAAAGUACAGGCCGGGCAAAGAGGGCCCCUCCGACCAGUCCAAGUUGAUGCAGAACGUGGAUUUCUUAGGAGGGGACUUCCAGAUGCCAAGCUAUCAGGAGCAAAACAUGGGCGUUGUGGAGAAGAUGCACAGGUCGGCCAUUGGCCAAGUUCAGGAGCCCGACAACGGCGGAGGCGGUCACCCUCAUCACCCGGGCUACCACUAAAACGUGCGCUUAUCCCCGCUCUGCCCCCUCCCCUUAUUGUGUUUUGAGUUUUAUCUCAACUGCUACUUUCAGCUCCUGUAGUUUAUUCAUUAAUAUCUUCCAAGUGAUCAAUUGCAUUUUAAUGGCUUCAGAGCUCUAUUUGUCGACCCCACCAGGUUGUGUUAGAGUAUUCCUCAGGUCUUCAGCCAUGUCGUACCUUUGUUGCAGAUGAAGGUUCUUUUGAGAUUGUUGUCCGCUGUCGAGUAGAACUCCUCGUUUUCAUCACUGGCAUUAAUGUGCUGCUCUUUGUUCGCGUAUAUAUUGUGUUCUAAAAUAUUAAUUUGCAGAUGAAAAUGUGCUCGUCACAGUGCUUUUUCCUAGGUUGACAUGUAGACACUUAUUUUGAGCAUUUGUGGCCUUACAACUGCCCAAAGGCAAGAUAUUAGGAGGUCCUUGUGUGAUGUUUUUUGCUUGCAAUUAUUUAUCCUCUUAACAGGUUUGUGAUCCAUUUAAAUAAGGUUACAUGUAUAUGCAAUUAAUAAGACUGUUAAGGUUUCUGUCCCAGAGGCUCCCUCAUAGGUGUACACUUGUUAAUGGGGCCGAUAUCAGGAAUAUAACGUGGCUCCUGAAUGGCGAUGUUUGUGGUCCAGCUAGUUUCUCUUCUUCCUUCUGCAUGGUUCACUGGGUGAUCAGUGUGCGCCCCCUAACCAUCACAGAUUUUUUUGUAAAAAAAUUAGACUCCAGCACUAGCAAAUAAAGAAAUAACGGUAACACUCUCCAUGUAGUUUCUCGAGUUGCAAGUAGUUAUCUUUAUGUUUGGUAAGUCUAAAGUGUGUGUGUGAUAUUUCAAGAAUCGCUUUGGAAUAACUUAUUUUAUUACCGUUUCUGUCGUAUUUCUGUAGACGGCCCGACUUGAACUGUAGACCUUUCGUUUUAAAUGUUACGGCCUAUUGUCUGGCAGAAGGAGCAUAAACUCUAUUGGCCCCGAUUCGUCUAAGUGAUGUGAAGCAGAAGGGCAUCCCAUUAAUAUUAAAAUGACGUACGUAUGUGAAAAGCAAAUUGAUCACUUGCAAGUGCGCAAAUACUUAAAAUACUGCAUGCUGGGAAAACUGCUUAAUUUCCCCACGCCACUUUACUACUGUAAUCCACGUGAGCUGAUGCGGACGUUGGCUGUGGCUUGAGGCGAAUCAUCUCCUGAUCGCAGAGGCCUCGCAGCGAGGUGUGUUUCUGCUCCCUGUAAAGACAAAGUAAGGACGUUGAGAGCUGGACCCGCUUCCUCCUCUCGUCCUCUUUAGGUUGAUGUUGUCUCGGGCAAUGCAUUGCUCCGAUAGCCGCGAGCCUUCUGGGAAAAGCCUUAAAUGUCACGGUAGUUAUCCUCUACUUAAUACUUUCCGUAACUGUCUUCCUUCAGUCGUGUGUGUGUGUGGCUAAUCCUACGUGUUGAUAAAUCACAUCAAAUGUUGCCUAUCAAGGAUUUUAAGAUGAUUUAAAUAUCUGAAUAGAAAUUAGCAGAAAGAAUAGAUCUGUAGAACAGGGCUGUAACAGUUAUUUUAAAUUAUUUGGACUGGUUCUUUUUUUUUUUUUGUAUUAUACUUAAAUAUCCUGAUUUUGUUUAAUUUAUUAUUCUUUUGGGACCACUGCUUCCUGAAGCCAUAGGUGUAUUCACGUUGGGUGCCAUAGGUAAAUUGUCUGCGAAAUAAGAGCUUUGCCCCUGUGCACCCGUUAUUUAAUCACGUCUUUCACAACGCUGAGCUUUUCGGGGGGGGUUUUCUGAAUUGUCCUUGGAAAAACACAGAACGGGUCAAAAGGGAGGAAGAGCGGCAAGAAAGACAGCCGAGGUGCGAGCUGUAGCUUUUCUGGAUUUUGGUCUUAUAUUUAAUGGCAGUUUUUUUGGUUUUGUUUCCUGGCUCUCGUGUUUUAUGUGCCUGCCCCUUAAAGCUGCUAUACACUUUUAAUCUUAACACGCACUAUGAUUUGUGUAUGUGUGAAUAGUAAUGAUGUUUGGGCUGUAUCGGUGAAAAUCAGUUCCUUUUAUGAUAUAGCCGUAGGGUGGAAAUUGCCACCACUCAAAUGCUGGGAAAUGUGGUCUUUAUUCCAAAUAUAUAAUAACUGACCAGUAUACAGAGUGGUUUUAAAGAGUUCAACCCACCGCAGUCUCAAGGCGAGAUGCAUUGCAGGCCCGUGUGGGUUUCUGAACCUCUGCGCUAAUCGAUCCGACAUACCGGCCCGGUUUAUUUUUGAACUGCCUCGUUACAGCCCGACAUAGUCAGGUUCUACAGUUUCAUAUGAAGUGCCUCAACUGGGCUAAGUAUGGAGUAAUGUGCAAAUGGAUGCUUGUGUGGAUGUGUAUGUUAAGCUUGGGUACUCGCACCAACAAAAACGUGCACAAGUUAAUCUGACGGGGGACCAAGCUACUUAAUUAUAACUACUGAUACUGUGUCAUGGACUUGAAGUCCUGAAGCGUGCUGCGACUCCUCGAUGCCGUCGCGAUGUGUGAACUUUUUGCUGCUGACUCACUAACCAAAGUGUCCAAGCGUCCCUCUCUGAAGCCACCUCGGCCUAAAAGCCUCGCUGAGCUUGUACCCGGUGACCUAAAGGAGAUCCUCUGCCUUCGCUUGUCACGGUUAAAGAAAAUCCUGUGAAGUAAAGAUGUGAACGGAGCGUUAAAAAGAAAUCUAGAGUGAGUGGUUCCUGUCUGCCCAGUGCACCCCAAUAUCGUUUCCCCUAAGACUGAGAUGUCCUAAACGGAACUUUGUAUGGUCUUUGGUUUCGUUUCACAUUUUUAUCAUGCAGAAAUGUUGCCACACACAGUACACGUCGACGUGUAAGAAUCUAAUGUAGCUGAUAAAUGGCAAUAUCUAUUGGGACACAGGUAUGAGAUGACUCUCUAGAUUUAUUUUUACUCCGAUUUAUCUGAUUGUCUUUGAUUAAUUGAAGAUGUCAUGUUGUGAACGGUGGUGGUGGAGGGCUUACUUUCUCUACUUUGUGAAAAUGUGAUAUUCCAGUUUUGCCUAACCUUCAGGAAUAAAAAUGCCUUGCACAAACAUUCCCCCUAACCAAAAUAAAAAUUUGCAAACACACGU